AUGGGUGAUAACUCCAUUGUUGGUGAUGUUGCUGAUGCUUCUGCAAAUUUGAUCUCAAGACUCACGAGACAGUUGGGCAUGUUGCAUUGCCAAAGACAAACAACAAAUUUGGUUAUGGCAUCAUCACUUGGACACCCGUCAUUUGGCUACCUUAAGCCUCCAUUUCCAUCUUUAUUCUGGUCUUGUGAUGAGUCCAGUUUUAAGUGUGAGACAUGUAUUUUGGCGAAGAGUCAUCGCAGUGUAUUUCGUUUAAGUGACAAUAAAGUUGCCAAACAUGAUGUUGCUUCCAUCUUUCCAGAGUUUUGUACUAUAGUGUCUACUCAGUUUCAUGCUCGAGUCAAAGUAUUCCGGACCGAUAACGGAGGAAAAUAUGUGAAUAAUACUUUGGCAUGUUUCUUCUGUGCUCAAAGUAUUAUUUACCAGACGACAACUCCUUUUACCCCUCAAGAAAAUGUUGUGUCUGAAAGGAAGAACCGACAAUUGCUUGAAGGCAAUGGAGUUGGUCCCCUACAGGCGGUGGAGGCCGGCGACGGCGAUUGGUCGGCGGUGUUGGCUGGGGCGGUUGACCGGUGGUGGCUUGCCGGCAGUGGUGGGCGGUGGUGGCUGGUCGGGGUGGUGGCUAGAUAUGGACAUGUGGCAUAG